AUGAUGCCUUCGUUUCCAUUUCUAAAACUACCAUUUCUGGCUAUUCAAAAUACUGUACAUCACAUGAGUUGUACUGAAAUAACCGAACUCUCUAUGUGCUCCCGUAGAUCCAAAAGAUUAAUGCAAAGCAUUCGUCAUCCGGGCCUUACCGACAUUGAAAUAACUAUCGAUCGACUUCGUAUGUAUGUAACACUUAAGAAUAGAAUGGAAGAUUGCUUGAGUUGGUCCAUCAAGACGGAACUAGAAGUGGAAUCAUUCCGACAUCUCUACCGGGACGAUGAUCUGGGGGGAGUUAAUGUUAAAGUGAUAAAAUUCAACGACUCAUGCUUCCUUAUCUACGCUCCACGACAGCCAGAGAAUUUCAUUAAAACUCUUGUAGAUCACUUGAAAGACGUAUUCAAAUUACCGCUUACAGUAUAUUUCAAACUAACUGAAAUUGAGAAUUAUCGCAGAUUUCUUCCCAUUUUUCCAGUCUGUUAUCGUUUCUUUUUCUACGGCAUUGAUAAGAUAUCUGGAGAGGAGUUGCAGUUUAUUAAAGAUAAUGUAGUUGUGGAGUGGUGGGCUGAAUAUUACACAUCUGAGAAGUAA